GAACUCGGCUUCCUGCUGCUGCUCGGUGUCCGCACACCGUCCGUCUCGUCAGUGUUGAUCGGCUCGCCAUGGCGGAAGGACGCAGAGAACAGCCGCCCCAUCCCCUCUUCUCCAUACCACCGGCCAGCAAGCGACCCUGCCUGCGCCCUGCUCCCCGAGGUCCCGGCCCGGGGCCCGGCCACGGCAGCGGGUUGCACAGCUCCCGGUACCGUUCCCCGGAGUCCCUUCUGGACUGCGCCGCGAAGGCAGUAGCGGAAAAGUGGGCCUUCGAGAGAGUGGAGGAGCGCUUCGAGCGGAUCCCGGAGCCCGUCCAGCGCCGCAUCGUCUACUGGUCUUUUCCCCGCAACGAAAAGGAAAUAUGCAUGUACUCUUCGUUUCAGUGCCGAGUCGCCGGCGAGGAGGGUCCGUCGGCGGCUACCGGCGGCGCUGGGGGCGCUGGGUCCGGAGCUACGACCGCCGGUGGCGGCGGCGGUGGUGGUGGGGGAUCUACAGCCGUUACAACGGCUACCGCGGGGGCAGCCGGAGCGGUGGGCACGGGAGACGGACUGCCAUUCCGCCGCGGUAUCAGGCUGCUAGAGACCGGCUGUGUGGAAAACGUUUUACAAGUCGGGUUUCACCUCAGCGGCACAGUAACUGAACCCACCACGUCGUCAGAGCCGGAGGUCACGCACAAGGUGGCCAUCAGCUUCGACCGCUGCAAGAUAACCUCAGUCACCUGUGGCUGCGGGAACCGGGACAUUUUCUACUGCGCGCACGUGGUGGCGCUCUCUCUUUACCGGAUUCGCAAGCCUGAACAGGUGAAGCUGCGGCUGCCCAUCUCAGAGACGCUGUUCCAGAUGAACAGGGACCAGCUGCAGAAGCUGGUGCAGUACCUGAUAACAGCCCACCACACCGAGGUGCUGCCCACCGCUCAGAAACUGGCCGACGAGAUCCUCUCCUCCAACUCUGAGAUCAACCAGGUCCAUGGCGCCCCAGACCCAACUGCAGGUGCCAGCAUCGAUGACGACAACUGCUGGCAUCUGGACGAGGAUCAAGUCAGGGAGCAAGUCAAACAGUUUCUAUCGCAGGGAGGUUACUACGGCUCCGGGAAGCAGCUCAACUCCAUGUUCGCUAAGGUGCGGGAGAUGCUCCGAAUGCGAGACUCCAACGGCGCCCGAAUGCUGACGCUCAUAACGGAACAGUUCAUGGCGGACCCUCGUCUGUCGCUAUGGAGACAGCAGGGCACGGGCAUGACGGACAAGUGUCGGCAGCUCUGGGAUGAGCUCGGUGCAUUGUGGGUGUGCGUGGUGCUUAACCCCCACUGUAAAAGUGAGGAAAAGAGCGGCUGGCUGAAGCAGCUGAAGAAGUGGGGCGACAUGGACGUCUGCCCGCUGGAGGACGGCAACUACGGCAGCGAGCUUCCGAACAUCACCAACGCUCUGCCGCAGAGCAACCUCGCACAGGACUCUCUGUCCCGGCCGAGGAGGACGGUGUUCAGCCGGGCCGUCGAGGCCUGUGACCUCCACUGGCAGGACAGCCACCUGCAGAGGAUCAUCAGCAGCGACUACUACAUGUCUCCGUCCUACCAGAGAGAGGGGGAGAGCCUGCUGUUCAACCCGCAGGGUCUGCCACUCUGGCUGGACCACGUCCCGACAGCGUGCGCCCGCGUCGACGCCCUGCGUUCCCACGGUUACUCCAGGGAGGCCCUGCGAUUGGCGGUUGCCAUCAUCAACACGCUCCGCCUCCAACAGCAGAGACAGAUGGACAUCUACAAACACCAAAAGAAAGAGCUUCUCCAGAGGGGUGUGACCUCCACCACCAACCUGGAAGGCUGGGUGGGUCACCCCUUGGACCCGAUUGGCUGCCUGUUCACCACGCUCACCGAAACCUGCCGCAUGGACGACGACAACAGCAUGGACACCGGAGAAGGAGAACCCAGACCUCCAGUCUACCACCAUGUGCCUGUGUGGGGAAGCCCUGACGGUGGGGAGUCAUACCUGACUCUGUCCUUAGAGGUGGCUCUGAUGGGCAUGGGGCAGCAGAGGAUAAUGCCCGAGGGCCUGUACGCUCAGGAUAAGGUUUGUCGCAACGAGGAGCAGAUUGUUGCAAAACUUCAAGAGCUGGAGCUGGACGAUCUCCUGGUUCAAACUCUUCGGAAACAGGCCAUACAGCUACUAGAUGCUGGUCCGUUUAGCGGUCUGGGUGAAGUCAUCCACAGGGAGAGCGUUCCCAUGCACACCUUCGCCAAGUACCUCUUCUCUGCCCUGCUGCCGCACGACGCAGACCUGGCGUAUAAGGUGGCUCUCCGUGCAAUGAGGCUCCCGGUGCUGGAGUCGUCGGCGGGCUCCGGGGACGUGGGCCACCCUCACCACGGUAUCUCCAUAGUCCCAAGUAGAUACCCGCGCUGGUUCACACUGGGACACCUGGAGUCACAGCAGUGCGAGCUGGCCUCCACCAUGCUAACUGCUGCUAAAGGCGACAUGUUGAGGUUGCGGACGGUGCUGGAGGCCAUUCAGAAAAACAUCCACUCCUCUUCCUUAAUCUUCAAACUGGCCCAGGAUGCCUUUAAAAUAGCCACACCCGCUGACAACCCGCCUGAUAUAACCCUGCUCAACGUGGCACUGGAGCUAGGACUGCAGGUGAUGAGGAUGACUCUGUCCACGCUGAACUGGAGAAGGAGGGAGAUGGUUCGCUGGCUGGUAACCUGCGCCACUGAAGUCGGUCUGCGGGCGUUGGUGAGCAUCUUACAGAGCUGGUACACUCUCUUCACACCGACCGAGGCCACCAGCAUUGUGGCGGCCACCGUCAUGUCCCACAACACCAUCCUGCGUCUCAGCCUCGACUACCCCCAGCGCGAGGAGCUGGCCAGCUGUGCGAGAACCCUGGCCCUGCAGUGCGCCAUGAAGGACCCCCAGAACUGCGCUCUGUCGGCGCUGACGCUCUGCGAAAAGGACCACAUCGCGUUCGAGACGGCCUACCAGAUCGUGAUCGACGCAGCGUCCACAGGAAUGACGUACUCCCAGCUGUUUACCAUUGCGAGGUACAUGGAGCACAGAGGAUACCCUCUGCGGUCGUUCAAAUUGGCCUCCCUCGCCAUGACCCAUCUAAACCUGGCUUACAACCAGGACACACACCCGGCUAUUAAUGACGUGCUCUGGGCCUGCGCACUCAGCCACUCUUUGGGUAAAAAUGAGCUUGCAGCCAUUAUUCCCCUGGUGGUGAAGAGCGUGCACUGCGCCACGGUGCUGUCUGACAUCUUGAGGCGGUGCACCAUGACGGCGCCGGGUCUCGCCGGCAUCCCCGGGAGAAGGAACUCUGGGAAGCUGAUGUCAACGGACAAGGCGCCGUUGCGGCAGCUCCUGGACGCCACGAUCUCGGCGUACAUCAACACCACGCACUCUCGACUGACGCACAUCAGUCCGCGGCACUACGGAGAGUUCAUAGAGUUCCUGAGCAAAGCAAGGGUGACUUUCCUGCUGGCACAGGACGGCCACAUUCAGUUCGCCCAGUUCAUAGACAACCUGAAACAGAUCUACAAGGGCAAGAAGAAACUGAUGAUGUUGGUCAGGGAGCGCUUCGGCUGACCUUACCCCUCCCUCACAGGGACGCUCUCCCUGGGAAGUAGUUAAACUUAUUUGUUUCUAUUUAAGGCUUUUUAGAUUCUUUGUAUUUUUACUUAUUUUGAGCCAUUUGUUGACUAAGUCAUAAGUUUUUGUCCCUGUUUUGUUGUUUUGUUUCUUGAAUGUGAACCAGGAAGUGUUUGCAGUACAUUGCUCUACUUCAUUGAGACUGCAAAAGGAGGGGGAGGGGGCAGCGGCUUGAAAUGUCAAAGAAACACCAACAAAAACAAAGCAUUUUUCUCCUCCAGCUAAUGUUGAAUCUAAUAUGAAAAAGUCAAAAAGAUUGUGAUGACAAAAAAAAAAGCAAAAGCAACUUUUGUUUUUCAGUGGCACAUGACGAUAUAAAAACCAAAUGAUGUUGGAUGGGGUACUUACUUUGAGCCAGAAGACGCUUUCAGCUGGGGGUAAAAGAAGAAGUGUUUUUCAAAGUGGAAGAAACAUGUCAUUCCAAAAAAGAAAAAAAAAACCCACUGAUGUGGAAAACACACAUAGUGUUGCUGUCAUACCUCGACUGUAUUAUUUGUCAGCUUUAACUUCUCUAUCAGAAAUGGCCUCUUGUUUCAUUCAGGGCAUCUUAGAGUAGAGAGGGCAGAAUACAGAACUACGCAUGUGUGGUCUCUCUGUAGAAGAAGUCGGCGCCAACAGGUUUGAAAAACUUGACUAAAGGCACUCUAGACUAGCUCCUGUCCUCUACACCUGCUGGUCAGUGCUUUUCAUUAAGAGAUAUCUUCAGAGGAAGAACCGUGUUGCUUCACAGAGUGCAUGUUCUCAAAUCCAGCAGCCUGACAGUGACAUUAUUCAGGCUGUUCUAGCUAAGGUAGAGUAGUAGAGGCUCCACAUGCACACACACAUAUAUAUAAAUAUAUAUAUACAGUAUAUCUCUUACGUCCUCCUAUAAGCUUAUUAACAGUGACAAAAUACAACUGUGAUGAACAGUGGGGGUCACAUUAUGCCCAUCUCUAGAGAUACGACUGCACUGCUGUACAGCUAUUUGUGGCCAAAACCUUUUAAAUCUAUACGACUCCAGCGGUCACUUUUCACAUGCUAGAUCAAGACGCUAGUCAACGAGCAAUAUAAGUCAAGUCUGCUUCAAUAUUUGAUCGUCCAGCGGCAUUAAUUUCACCGUCUUGUAUUCGGUUAGGAAGCGGAACAUAUUUGGACCUGGUUGAUUUCAGUGACUGUUAGUGGUCAACUCUGCCUGUAGCUAAAGGCCCUUUUCCAUUUCAAAAGGUUUUGUGAGAACUCAGGAACUCGUGGUUUCCCAGAACCUUUGCGUGAACCCCAUUUUAAGAGCAGAAAUCUGGUUUAUAAUGUUGGUUCCGAGUUGACAGUACUUUCCAUCAUAGUCCAACAAGCACUGUUUAUAUAGAACAGCCAACAAUUACAGUAGCAGCAAGAGGAAAUAAGUGAUAAAUAACCUUGGACUGAUUAGCUUAACUUGGAGAAUUGGCUAUGUCAAAAAGCUUUCAAAAAACUUUUUUUCCAUUAAUUUAUUAUACAGCUAAGCUUAAACCACUGAUAAAUCUGUGCUAAUUAAUAUUUUUAUGUAAGAAAAGGUUACUCAGUGAUAGAUGCACAGAGAAUUAGCAUCAUUUAGCAUCAUUUAGCUAACAGUUUAUGGUUUCUGCCAGAUAAUGUACUGUUUGGUUCAGUCUUACUGCUCAUAACAACCUCACUUCCAGCGACAGCAGGCAUCUAGCAGUACACCACCUGCCCUGCACCAAACGGCAGGAAGUCAUAGUUAUUAGCAGCUAGCUAAUGAGUAUAGUGGAGGUUUUAGCUACCUCGAGUGGUGGUAAACAGAGCUGAAAAGAGAGUUAACAUUGGCCUUAUGUUUGUUAGGUGGCCAGCAAAAACAGUCAAAUGAAUGCUCGAUGCUGCUAGACAUGCUAGCAACUGUUUGCUAACAUUAGCCACCACAUUAGCUAACAAUGUUAGCUAAACCAACUUUGUAAAAAAUCAAUUAAGAGUGGUUUUAAAAGUGGUGUUUUGGAUAUACUAAAACAAAAAAGGUAAUUGGUUAACAGUUAAAAAAAAGAAAAAAGGUAAAUAUUUAAAACAUUUAAACAAAAACACAGAAACUGUAGUAAUUGCACUUCUUCCAUCAUGGCUGACAUGAAACAUACUAAAGAAGCUUUUUGUGGUUUCAAGCCUCUGUUGUUCCUCCAGUUCUUACGUCUUGGUGGAAAAGGGUCUGUAGUUACUAAAGCUACGUACCUGUGAAUGCUACUGGUUGUGAUCAUUUCUGGACUGUGAAGACGAGUGGCCGUGUCAGAAAUACAGUGCACAUACAAAACAUACUGUAUAUUUUAUGACUUAACGACGUAAUCGUACAUAUGUGAGACAACACGCCUCAGCACAGGAAGUUGUUUUUCUUUAUGGUGGGGCGAAGGCGGGGGGUUAUAUGCACCUCCCCCUUUUCUUACGCAGUGGCAAAGUGCUGUUAAUGGCAGUAAACAGUACAGCAAGAGCUUGAAUCUUUUACUGGUCAGACUGGUCAUCGUACAAGCACUUCACACAAAUACCUCUUCAGUACGUUCCUGCCUGCUUCAGCAUUUAUUUAUUGAUUGUUUAGUAACUUUGUGUGACUGAGUAGGAACCGCAGACACACAAACAGAACAGGAUUUAAAUAGAUUUAAAAAAAAAAAACACACACACACACACACACACACAC